AUGGUAGAAAGACAUCGGUGUUUUACGUGUUCGUUAGACACUUCGAAAAAAGUGUAUAUAUUUGGCAAAUCUUCAAUAGAUUUUGGUGAUAUCAUAAGAUCAUGCCUUGGUGUUGAUGUACAUAGUUAUUCUGCACAACCUGGCUUGUUUAUUUGCAAACCUUUUUGCUACAAGAAACUUAUAAAAUUUCAGCGCGCUUCUGAGCAUUUGGAAGAAGUUAGGAAGGAAAUACUAGAAUCGUUUCAUAACAGAAAACAGCCGAGAAUUAAGCGACAAAUCGUAGAGGACGCUGAUAAUUGUGAUGGAAAUCAAACUGUUCUCAAUCGCGCGGCAAAAUCACUAAAAUUUGGAAACACCUCUGCAAUUUAUCGGCAAAGCUCGUUGGGUUUAUUCAACUCACCGACUAUUCCUAUUGGGAAUGAGUUGCCACAUAUUAUAACAGCACCAAAACAUCUCACUUCGACCCCUAUUUCUGAAGGAAAUAUUUCUCGGGAACUUGCAGAUUCGCCAACUGUUAAGUUGUCAGUGCGAUACCCCAGCAAAACCCUCAACAAGACACUUUGCAAGAGUUUAAAGUCGAUUGGAAAGACCUUGGCACAUGGUAAUCCAUCACAAAUCGCAAAUGCUGUGAUGAACUGCCCAACGGUUAAAGAAUAUGUACUCAAAAAAACGCUGUCACUUCUGAACAAAGAAGUCAUAAGUUUGUGCUCUAAGAAUAGCCCUUCAAUGUUGAGAAAAACGAGUAAAGCGGAUUUGGAAAAGUUCGAUUUGGAGCUUCUAUGUAAUGAGUGGAGGGAAAAGGCGCCUUUAUUUUCCUCCUUCCUCAUGACUGUUUCUGCGAAUAAGAGGACCAAAGGGAGUCUGUGGUUCGGCAGUGUUGCUAUAGCGGGAUCUGUACUACUCAAACAGAAGAAUGAGAAAAUGAAUGCUACCGCUGCAGUUCUUGGAAUGGUCAUGAAAAGCAAAUCAGUCGAAGUAAGUUUACAAGUUAUGUAG